AUGGCCUACUUGCCAACUAAACUUGGAUGUUUUAUUCUAUUCUCUAUCGUGAUUCUGAACUUUGAAACAUCUGCCGCUGACGCCAGAAUCAUUAACGCAUACGAAAGUAUCGCUGGUGCACAACCGUUAAUGUUUCAAGAAAUUCUUGGAGUUCAUGAAGCAAAGUACCCACAAAAGAGCGAUGAGCCUGAACAGGUCUUUUUCGAUUAUUUUAAACGAGCCUUACCGGCAGUUGAUGUCAGACCUCGCUUCGGUGCUCCGCCGUGUCGCUGGAAGCUUUGUGUCAAAUAA